GACAAGAAGCUUUUUUUAACUGUAGUUGCGCAGUUCGUAUUCUGUUUCUUAACUGGCGUGUUCUAUUGUCUUACUUCAAAUUAAGACUCAAUUCCUUCGUCAUGAAAGUGGUUGUUGUUCUUGCUUUAUGCUCUCUUAUUGCUCUUUCGAAUGGGGCUGGGAUUCGACGACCCGUUUCCAAGAAAGAACGCCCGGUUCUUAGUCUUUCUUUUAAUGCUCCCGAAGAACUGUUGUCUCGCACCCGUAACGGUGAACUAGGAAAUGCAAACGACUACAUGGACGAAGUGUUGGUUUUAGUUCGUGAGCAAAUAGUCUUGCAAGGAUAUGAUCGUAUUCAACUUCCUGAUGGGGAUUUCAGCUUUACAUGGGAUGAAUAUCCUGGAGUUACUGGUGGAGUUUACCUCCAUGAUGGAUUAGCUACUGGUAUGGAAACCAUCCAUCGAGUAGGAGACGCUACCUUGAGCAGCAGUGCGACCAUUAUUUUCUUCGAAUCCGACUGCGGAAUAAAUACUGCUUCUUUCGGUUAUGCCAUAAGUAUUCUAUUCAUGGAUAUUGGUCCGACCGCUUCAAUGACCGGAACCGCCGACUAUAUCAACUUCUACUUCCAUUCGACCAUCGAUAUUCUCUCUGGGCUUGUUGUCGUUGAUGUGUUUGAUUUGAAACAAAUGGGUCACAUCAGUACGGACAUUACCGGCCUGGGAAUUUUCAAUUGGCUUGCUGAAAUCAUUGUUGAUUUCGCACUCAACCUCUUGGCACCGUUCUUCAAGGAACUCAUUGAAGGACCCAUUACGAACCUAAUCAAUGCUGUUCUUCAAGCCUAUGUUGAUUCAUUAAGGAACCCACCUACAACUAUGGCUAGUCUUGCAGUUUAAAGCAAUCGUAGGAUCCACGGCUAAUGUUGAAAAAAUACAGUUAAAGGGAAUUAGUUUGCUUCGUAAAAUGGUCUUUUUUCUUUGUAUGACCAUUGUUCCACUUCUAUAGAAUCGGAGAACAAGUGUGACUGUUGCCAAAUAUACUGGAAGUCAACACCAAA